AUGGCUGUAAUUGCGUCUGUUAUCAGCAGCUUUUCGCUUAUUUUUGGAGGGUGUUGCGCGAAUGUAAGGAUGCUGCAUCAUGUCUCUACAAAGCCUGCUAACGUCACAAGGUCUACUGUCUGGAAGCAAUAGUAAAGUAAGAAGCAAGUUUUUUUUACGUCAAUGCAUCGACUAAUGCAAGUCAGAAAAGAGCCAGACAGCGGUCUACUCAUUACACUCUUCCAAUUUGUCUUUACAUGUCUCUCGACGUUGCACUACCAGUUUGACCCAAAUGGCCGUUACUAUAUGAGAAGUUCGCCAGUUCCAUUCCGGAAGUGGUGCGUCAGCGCGGCAUUGUUCUUUACGGUCAACAUGAUGAACAACUGGGCUUUUGCGUUUGACAUCUCCGUCCCGGUGCACAUUAUCCUUAGGAGUUUCGGUAGUGUGACGACCAUGGCGGCUGGAUGGCUUCGCGGGAAGCGAUACACGCCUCUCCAGGUCUUCUCGGUGGCGAUAUUAACUGCCGGUGUCAUGGUUUCCGCAUGGGCAGAUGCUCAAUCAAAGGGGAAAAACAUGAACACGUCGACCUCCGACACGUCCAACUCGUCGCUUCAAGCAGGCCUCGUAAUCCUACUUGUCGCGCAGUUACUCUCAGCCUGGAUGGGCGCCUACGUCGAAGACAUCUACCGUGACCACGGCAAAGACUGGCAAGCCAACCUCUUCUACUCACACCUCCUCUCCAUCCCCUUCUUCGCCGCCUUCGCCCCUGUCCUGACCUCGCAAUUCGCCCGCCUCCGCGCCUCGCAGUCCUUUGAGAUCCCGCCCAAAGUCGGCGCUGCCCUGCCCCCCAUCAUCAACAGCCUCCUCGCUUCAACCUCGCAGCACGUGAUUUUCCUCACCGCCAACGCGCUCACGCAGCUGCUGUGUAUCACGGGUGUCAAUAUGCUUAGUGCGAAUACGUCGGCGGUUACUGUGACGAUAGUGUUGAAUAUCAGGAAGUUGCCGCCUAGCAAUCUAGACUGA